CACCGACUGCUCAACCAUGCAAAAAGCAGCCACCAUUCCACUGCCUGUCUUGCCGGAAGAACUCAUCGGCGAGAUACUCCCGAGGCUUCCGGUGAGAUCGCUCCUUCAAUUUAAGUGCGUGUGCCAAUCAUGGAAAACUCUAAUCUCCAGUUCCCAAUUCGCAAAGAACCAUCUACGAAUUUCAACCUCGGAGCCAACCAUGACCAACCAACAAUUGGUGUUUUCCGAUAUAAAACGACUCAUAUCAUACCCUUUGAACUCAUUGUUUGAAAACCCGUCAACUCCGGUUAAACCCGUUACCUUCGGCUACACGGAUGAAAAGAUAGAUGGUACUAUUAUAGGUUCAUGCAACGGACUCUUGUGUCUGCAUGAUAGAUUUCCAAGUCGUGUCAGACUGUUCAAUCCAUCUCUCCGGUUGAUAACCAAAAUAUCUUCAGUACCUGUUUCACAGAAUUGGUUCUUCAUGCAGUGUGGCUUUGGAUAUGAUCAAGUUAAUGACAAGUACAAGGUGCUACUAGUGGUACGAUGUAAAAAACAUCAUCAUCAAAUUUUAACCAAAAUAUAUACCUUUGGUCAAGAUGAUUCCUGGAAAACAAUUCCCAAUUGCCCGUAUGAGAUACUCAUGCGUAUUGGGAAAUUUGUGAGUGGCACUCUGAAUUGGAUAGUUUCUAAUCAAGACAAGGUUGUUUCUUUUGAUCUCGAAAAGGAGACUUACAUGGAACUCUUGUUACCUCAUAGUGACAAUAAUGACUGGCCAUAUCGUGUAAUGUCUGUUUUGAGUGAUUGUCUUUGUGUGUCUGACUGGGAAAAUUGUGGUUGGGUUUUGUGGAUGAUGAAAGAGUAUGGAGUUGUUGAGUCAUGGACUAAGUUCAUCAUCGUUUCUUAUGACAAGCUCCUCCCGAACCGACCUUAUUGGGUUGAGCCCUUGUUCAUUUCAAAAAAUGGUGUUCUAAUGGUAAUAAUGGAUGACAACCAGCUUAUCCUAUAUAACUCAAAUACUGGUGGUGUUGCCUUGGAUCCCCCGAUAACUAGGAAACUUGGUGUUAAUCCACAUAUUCACUGUGAGAGUUUGGAGAGAGUUCUGAAGAAAAUAUUGAAGGUUGCUGCACAUGGUAGCAAAUUGAUCGGAUGGGGGAAGUUCUGUAACCCUAUACAAGGAUUCACUAAUUCUGAUACUAUUACUCAUGCUAUUGAUUUGCUGGGUGUUUCGUUGGAGGAGGUAGUUGAAGAGAGGCAAAAUAUUUACCACUAUUUAGGAACUUUCCUGGAUAUGAUAGAUAUUGUUGGGGGCGUAGCUACACUUGUCACACUCUACAGAUAUCUAGGAUAUGCUUCCUUUUAUACUUGCAAGCAACUUGGGGGAUAUGUCUCUCUGCUACAUAUUGCUGGUAUCAGUAGUCCACUUGCUAGGGCGAUGAAAUGGGUGUAUAAGAAAGACGCAUAUAAGGUUGAUGAGCUCAGAUAUAGGCAGUACAUACCACCUCCACCUCUUGAUGUUGACACACUUGAUGUGGAUUGCAUAUCAUGUGAGCGUAAUGGAAGUGAUCCGUCUGAUGUGGAAGAGGAUGACGAUGAUUUUGUUGAGGUCUUUCGAGCACUAUGUGUAGCUCAAGAUGGAUCGGUACCUCAGAGAGGACCAGUACCUAAUGUUGGUGAGGACAAUCAUGAUUGA